CUAGCUGAAAAUUGGCCGUAUCUUGCCGAGCUGAGUCUAUGCAUGCGAUACAUGCGCCAACAUAACCUUUGCGAUCAACAUAACCUAAUUUCGAUCCUUGACUACAUAAUGCUCUGCUGCCAGUGAUUCGAUGUGAUUUUUUCAAUUGUUACUUAAAAUUCUGUUUAAUGUUAAAUAUAUUAUCACAUUUUUAACAUGUUUCAUAAUUUUUAAUAAAUAUGUCGGUGUGGCGUUCAAUUUCUCAGAGCUCAGUUUUUAUGUGUCUUAGAAAAAUGUUAUUUUCUUAAAAACUAGAAAUGAUAUUAUAAAAAAUAUAAUAUUAUCUAAUAGAAGGCAAUUUCUAGUAUGUGUGUGUGUGUAUGCAAAUUUUUAUUUCGAACUUUAAGUUAAGAAAUAACCCCUAAAUACAAAAUGAUAUUUGCUAUUAACAAUGUCCUGUGCUUGUGUGUGUGUAAAUACGGAAAUACAAGAUUUGAAACCUGCCGAGCUGCACACAUUAGGAAUUAUAUUAAACUAUUCUGAUUCCUGGAAAAAAUUAAUGGUCAUCGUUCCUGCAGAAAGAAAUGGUUUUAAAUUUAAUAAUCAACAUGUUAGCAUAAUUGAACAAGCAACAGAAACCGAUGAUCGUAAUGCAGCGGAAAUAUUUAUAGAUGAAUGGAGCACUAUGGGAAAAAAGGCACCAACAUUAGGAUUAUUACUGGACCUUCUCAUAAAAGCAGAAUUAUUUAGAGCUGCUGAUUAUGUAUCAUGUGAUAUAUUAAAACAAGAAAAACCAAAGAGACCAGAUAAAGGUCCAGCUGCUCCUAUUGAUAUAAGUGAUUCAUUUAUAGAGAAAUUAUUAGAGGAGCACCAAAUGUUACAACACAGUGUACCUACCGAUCCUGUGAUGUCAGAAUCAAACUUAAUAUUCAAUCAAGAGAUGUGUCUUGGUGAUAAGGCAGAUAAUGGUAUAAAUAAAACUGGCAUCAUAAAUUUGCCGGACAUGAUUGAUAAUCUUUUAAAUUGUGGAAAAACUAGAAAUGACUUACUUAAGAGUGUUUCAGAUUUAAUAAAAUUCAGUACUACGAACACUUGUGAAGCAGUGAACAACUACGUGGAACACACAUUUGCUUCAACACCUAGAUCUGAUCCUGCAAAAAUUAAGAAAAAGAUAAGCGAUUCAGUAGAACAACAGUCACCGAACGUAGCAACUCAUUACUACGAAUACAAGGAAGUAUCCUCUCAAGAAAUACCAGUAUUUCUUAAUAAUUAUAAACAAUCCGCGCUAAGUAGUGAAAUACUUAAUUCAUCUAAUAUUCCACUUUGUUUAAAAGAUUUAUCUUUAGAAUAAUAUAAAGUUUUAAGAAAUAUUAUGUGCAAUUUUAUGUAAUGCAAUAUAAAUACAGUAAUAAAUACAACAUGAAUAUUUCAACAUUUUUAAUAAACACAACUAAGAAAGAUAUUAAAUAUUAAAAUACAAUACUAAUCUGGACCGGAAUUAUAAUACACAUAUUUAGCAAAGAUCAAAUUCGAAAACUGCUAAGCAGAAAAAAAACAUUAGGAGUUUCCAACUAGACGCAGGCACAUGAAAGAGAGUAUUUAUAUUAUAAACAAAA